AACAUAAAUUUUCCAGUGUCUGAUUGAUACGACCUUCAAUUCAAUUCACUCUCUGUUAUCCUUCUCUAAUGGAGCUUCAAGCUUCUUUGUUCUUCUGGAUCCUAAUAUUUCUUUUAUAUCUCUUGUUUUCUUUAUUGAUCAAGCCAAAACUAUGGUGCAACUGUGAGAUUUGCAGUGCUUAUCUCACUUUAAGUUGGUCAAAACAAUUCAAUAACCUUUGCGAUUGGUACACUCACUUGUUAAAAAACUCUCCUUCAAAAACCAUCCAUAUCCAUGUCCUUCGUAACACAAUCACAGCAAACCCUGAAAACAUAGAAUACAUGCUUAAAACCAAGUUCCAUAAUUUCCCAAAAGGGAAACCUUUUUCUAUCAUCUUGGGUGAUUUCCUUGGUCGCGGUAUAUUCAAUGUUGAUGGUGAUUCGUGGAAGUUUCAAAAGAAUAUGGCAUCAAUGGAGCUUGGGAAAACUUCAACAUGUUGUUAUGUGUUUGAUAUCAUCAAUUGUGAGAUCAAAACAAGGCUUGUUCCAUUAUUAUCAAAACAAGACCAAGUUUUGGACUUACAGGAUGUGUUUAAAAGGUUUUCAUUUGAUGUUAUUUGUUGGUUUUCUUUUGGGAUUGAUCCUAGUUGUCUUGAGCUUUCUUUACCCAUGUCGAAAUUGGCUAUGGCUUUUGAUUUAGCUUCGAAAUUAUCAGCUGAAAGAGCCAUGAAUGUUUCACCACUUGUAUGGAAGAUCAAAAGAGCGUUGAAUUUAGGUAGUGAAAAGGAAUUAAAAAGGGCUAUUGAAAGGAUUAAUCUUUUAGCUAAAGAAGUGAUUAGGCAAAGGCGCAAAACUGGGUUUUUGAAUAGUAAUGAUCUUCUUUCUCGUUUUAUGUCUAUUAUUAACGAUGAAACUUAUUUGAGAGACAUUAUUAUAAGCUUUUUAUUAGCUGGUCGUGAUACUGUAGCUUCGGGUUUAACAAGCUUGUUUUGGUUAUUGUCUAAGCAUUCAAAUGUUGUGUCGGCUAUCAAACAAGAAGCUGAUCGUAUCAUUGGUGAAAACAAGGAGUUAACAUGCUUUGAUCAAAUGAAGGAACUUCAUUAUUUACAAGCAACGGUGUAUGAAAGUAUGAGACUUUAUCCUCCGAUUCAAUUCGAUUCCAAAUUUUGUCAAAACGACGAUGUUUUACCUGAUGGCUCGGUUCUGAAGAAAGGAACUAGGGUUACUUAUCAUCCAUACGCCAUGGGACGUAUCGAAGAGAUAUGGGGUGAAGAUUGCUUGGAAUUCAAGCCAGAAAGAUGGUUGAAACACGACGGCGUUUUCUCCCCAGGAAACCCUUUCAAGUACCCGAUUUUUCAAGCUGGAUUCAGGGUUUGUUUAGGGAAAGAGAUGGCUCUUUUAGAGAUGAAAACGGUGACGCUUUCGCUCAUCAGGAGAUUUCGAAUCCAAUUACUGACACCACCAUCACCGGAUCAACAUCCACGGUUCUUGCCGGGAUUGACCGCAACUUUCAGCGACGGACUUCCUGUCUUAGUACGAAACAUCCAACCUCAACCAUAAACGUCAUGGUGAGGGGAACCAAUUGUACAAUUUGCGAUGUGAUGUAUGAUUUAAUGGCCAAUAUGUGGUUAAGGAAAAGGUGUUUAUAUGUACACAUAUAAUUAUUCGUCACUCGUUAUGACAUAUGCAUAUUAGAUCGAUGUUAAUCUUGUACAGAAUUAUGGGUGGUUAGUGUUUCCUUUCAUCUUUUUUAAUUGUAAAAUAUAGAUUGGAUUUUUAUUCUCCAA